CCAAUCACAUUCCUUAAACACGUGGUUAGUUAGAGAUACUAGCCAAUCCUAGAUAUGGGGGCGGGAUUUUUUUAGAAAUACAGCUGGAGGAACACAAAAAAAACUUCCAUUUCCGUUUUAAGAUGGCAGCCACCGUCAAGAAACCUAUUGCGGUCGAAGAUGUCAAUGUCACUUUUGAAGACCAGCAGAAGAUUAAUAAGUUUGCUAGGAGCACAAAUCGGGUGACCGAGCUGAAAGAGGAAAUAGAAGGCAAAAAAAAAUCUCUACAGAAUUUAGAAGAUGCAAGUGAUGACCUUAUGAUGCUGGAGGAGGAUGAUCUCCAGAUCCCGUAUCAUAUUGGAGAUGUGUUCAUCAGUCAUACACAGGAGGAGACGCAGGAGAUGUUGGAGGCUGCUAAGGAAAGUCUAAAGGAGGAAAUCAAAUCUCUGGAAAGUCGAGUGACCUCCAUACAGGAAGUACUUGGAGAUCUCAAGGUCCAGUUGUAUGCCAAAUUUGGAAACAACAUUAAUCUGGAAGCUGAUGAAAGCUGAAUGCUUCAGUAUUUGGACUAUUUAACAUACUGACAGCACCAGUUACCUACACGACGCUCACAACCAGAUCUAGCUGAUGAUUUGUCAGCACUAAUCAUUGCUUUAGUUUUGCGUGGGUGGUAAGGUUUCUGUACAUAAAGCAGAGAAGAUGGAUUUGUCUGUUUUUUGUUUUUUUAAAAACAAGCUGGUCAUAAGCACUCACAACACAGAGCAGUUAAUGCUGAUAAAAUAAAAAGUAUGAACUGAUGAA